CUUUUAAUAACUCUUCCCUCUUUACUGCUUUCAGACCUCCACGACGCAGUUUUGAGAUUUAAUGGGGCUCCUACCAUAGGGUUUCAGAAUGAUGUAGGGGAAAAGACAACAGUCCGCCUUGUUAAUUCCCAGCUUGUAACUGUCGAAGAGCAGAAGUUCCUUACAGAUACGUUGUACAAUACUGGAAUCUUAAUUGUCUGGGAUCCAGCACCUUAUCAUGCUGAAAUUAAUGAGUGGUACAGAAAACCAGACUACAGUUUCUUUGCAAACUACAAGGUGUAUCGUACUAGGCAUCCGGAACAGCCCUUUUAUAUCCUGAACCCAAAAAUGCAGUGGCAGCUCUGGGAUAUUCUGCAGGAGAACUCGCUGGAGGAAAUUCAGCCCAAUCCACCUUCUUCUGGAAUGCUUGGCAUUGUGAUCAUGAUGACCCUCUGUGAUGAAGUGGAUGUUUAUGAAUUCCUCCCUUCCAAACGACAGACAGAUAUCUGCCACUAUUACCAGAGAUACCACGACCGCGCCUGCACCAUGGGUGCUUACCACCCACUGCUGUUCGAGAAAAACUUGGUGAAGCACAUUAACCAAGGCCAAAAUGAGUUAAUUUACACCCAUGGGAAAGUGACUUUGCCCGGUUUCAGAAACAUGCACUGUUAGCAACUCAACUUCUACUGUGCAUAGAUACUUCUGUUGAUUUUCAAGGCACUUUUAGAAGGAUACUGUUGAGAUUGUUAGGCCUAAACAUUGAUGUGCCCUGACAGUUCUUCCAUAAUGCACACCUUACACCCCUUAGGAUUCCUGUGAUGCAACUUCUCCGAUCUGUACAAUAGCAGAAAGAAUUACACAUCCUCCACCACAAUUAUCCAAUAUCUACUGUGUGAACUUCCAGUCAGAUUAGUGGGUCUGAGGGGCUGAGUACCUUCAGCUGUAAUUGGCCACCUGAGUUGUUUUCUAUGCAGUGUAAACCAACGUAUUGCUGGUGUCACUCCACUGAACUCAGUGGAAUUAUGCCAGCAGAAAAUCUGGCCCAUUUUAUAAAAGAAUGGCUAAAAAUAAUCCCAUAGUUCUGGAAUCUUAAAGACAGGCCUACCAUUAUGGACCCACUGUGAAGGCUGCCUGUUAAGAUAGGCAGUAAUUCAACAUGUUAAAAUCUAUUACUUUAAUUAUAGUCCUAACGACCUCGAGAAACAGUCCUUUAUAUUCUGGAAUUGUGAUGGUGAUUCUGCCAAAUCAAGGAGGAAUUGUUCAGUGUCAAUUUAUUUUGAAAUUUUUACCUUUGUAAAAAUUAUGAUGUUCAGUGAAUUGCUAAAUUGAAUUUAAAUGUCUGGUGACCACUCAGUCCAGUUUGUUCAAUGUAGCGUCCUGUUAGGGAAACAGGAUAUUUUAAUUCCAAAUCAUUUUGGGGAAGACUUUUGAAAGGCAUGAAUGGCAGUUUGCAACUGUAAUGGGGGUUGGUGCCCAGUUGCCAUUUGGGCCCUGUGAAAGUCUCCCCAUUAGUAAUUUAGGACAAAAAUGCUACAUAGUCACAGGCAACUAAAUAAGCCAUGGGGCUACUAGCCAGCCGCAGACCAGAUCUCCCCUUCUAGGUUUCAUCAGCUAUCUAAGUUGACCUCUGUUAGCUAUUCCUGACAUUCAGAUAGUGUCUCUCUCUCACACACAUAUACACCCUUUCCAAGUGCACAGGGAAUGAGCACAUUACACUAUCUCUUGAAAUAGCAGCUGGGAAGGGGGAGCUGCACUCUGCUCUUCAAGCCAGUGCAAAAAGGAGGUGGGCAGAGCUUUUUGACUCCUUCCUGCCCCCUUGAUGUGAUUUUUGUCCCCAGAGUUCAUGGAAGGAGUAGUCUUUUUGAUUUCCCCCAAUCAUAGUUUUUCUUUGGUUUGGGCAGAGGGUCACCUCGGUUUGUCUCCAUUCCCUCUGUUCACCUAUUCCAGAUCCACUAUCCCUUUUCUCAUGGUUCAGAUUCAUAGGAUCUUCGCUUCCAAGCUGAAGCCACCAGGUCACACUCUUCUGUUGUGUACACUGGUGUAACCCUACUCAGGUCCAUGGCAUUGUGCCAGUGUAACCAUGGCUGGAACACCUGAUAGGAAGUACAAAUGCUCAACAAUUAAUAUGCUGUUUCAUGAUCCUACCUAUAUUUAUGACAACGUUGAUAUUAUUUAACUUUCCGUCAGUAAUGUCAUUUAUCUGGUUUUGAGUGAUAUGGGUUUUAAUAGUUUUAGGUGUAAGAAGUAGAUGCUACUUUUGCUGUCCAUAAUAUGCAUCACUGUGGUAGGAAAACAGUUGCAUAGCAACAGACUUUGUUCCCAUUGUGAAGAACCCAUUGGGUUAAAUUCUGCCUUCUGUUAAACUUGUAUGUCCCACUGGAUUCAUGGGAGAGCUUGGCCACCAUUGAUCUGGAUCUACAGAGGAACCCUUUCAUCCCAUGUGAAGACCAGUUGACUUUAGUAGGGCUCUGUGCAGAUCCAGUUGCGAGAUCAGGGCUUAGCCGAAUAAAGUCCUAGUGAGAAAAUUCGCAUCAUGGUACUUGUAAAAUGAGAAUUCCUAUUGCUUUUAAUAAAACCUUGUGAAGACAUUGGCUCAGAUUCUGAUCUCCGCAAACCAGUGUAAAUCUAGAGAGGCUACAGUGGAUUUACACCAAUGUAUACGAGAUCAGAAUCUGGUCCAACAUUUAAAUAAUGCUUUUUUAAAUUUCUGUACAGUUCUGCAAAAGCUGUGUCUGGGUAGUAGUGAGUUCCAAUCAGUAACUCAUUACCAAUUUCCAUUGUUGUGCAGAAUGAAACCAUCAAGCUAUUUUCAUUAAUUAUGUAGCAGUAUUUUAAAUUUUAAGUGGAAGUACCAAACUCAUCAUUUUUAAAAAUUUUCUGAACACUGAUCUUUUAAAAUAGUUUGAAAUAAUACUGAAGGAUCCAAAGAAGAUGUACAAUUUGUAAUAAAGUUUGUCUUUUUUUAAA